UUAUUCCCUCGAGGGCCGCCAACAGGAAGUCGCCUCUCUUAUACUUCAUCCCAAAGGUCACACAAGACGUUCCUUUUUGUUUUUCUUUCGAUAACAGAUCCGACAAAACUCUAGGGAAUAGCGCCAAGGAUCAUUUUGAAAGUAAACAUUGAAGUUGAAGCAGGAAUUUUCAUCAUGAGUGAAACACAACCUACCAAUUCAUCGGUCAUGGAGCACGUCGCCGAACACUGUCAGUUUGUUAAUCCCGUUAACUUAUACCUAAUAUUCGCUGGAGCAGGGGGUUUGAUUCUUAAUGUCUUUCCUCUGUGUGUCGUCUUUAAUUUUCAACAGAGACCUAGCGCAGGACGAGAUAUUUUAAUAGCAGCGCUAUGUAUCAUCGAUUUACUUACUCUCCUGGUCCCGUUACCAAUAUACUUAUCUGUUCAAGACGAGUGCGUUUCUGUCAAGUCCGAGGUUUUAUUCAAGAGUGAACCAAGACCGUGGGUUUGUGAAAUGUUCUUUUUGAUGUUCAUUUGGUUGAAGCUCUCGGCGAUGUUCCUCGUUACAGUCAUGAAUUACUCAUCAUAUUUAGCUCUAAAUGUCAAGGGGCAAUACCGAGAUGGUUUGAGCAUUGGAGAUCGCCUUUCCAACUCAUUCUUUUCGAGCAACAGGCCAACAUCAAGAGAAAGUCGAAUCAAUAUACAAAAAAGAUCUUCAGUUGUUAUUGCUAAUCUGGUUAUUGGAAUAGCGCUGGUAGCAUUUGUGAUAUCUUCGCUACCAUAUCUUGGACUUGGGCCUAAAGGUAAACCUAGCGCUUCAAAUUCAACACGAUAUAUGAGCAAGCGGUAUGGUGAAGUUCAACUAUGUCAACUAGAACAGAUAAGCCUUCCUCUAAAAGGCAAGGAAUACACAUUUUUAUUCGCUGUUCUCAUGAGCUCGGCUGCCUGUCUUAUCUUACAUCUCGUACACAGUGUUUUGAGCUGUUUUAGUCGAUGCUUCUGGAACAAAAAUCUUAAACAAGCUCAAGAGUUAGACAUUCAGGUCGUAAACCGAAGCGAAGAUGGAUCAAAUGGCAGCAUUCAUCUGGCGAAAAAUGCCCAUGGCAUCACAAAUAGUUACGCUAAGAUGACCUUUUUUACUGGGAUUGUGUACUUUGCUACUUGGAUUCCAUUAAUGGUCGCCAUGGGAAGCCUAAUGUCCGACCACAUGUUCAGUGGACGUUUCUCAGAGUUCGCUUUGGUAGGAACAUUUGGAAACCAGUUUCUGGACCCUAUUAUCUACGCUGUCUUUAUCGAAGAAUAUAGAAAAGGCUACGCACAGUUGUUUGGAAAAAUGUUUACUCUUCCCAGAUUUUUUACAGAGUUUGUCUUGUUCACCAAAAAGAAGCAAAGAGCAUUGACACAAGAAGUCAGUGAACAAAACACACCAAUGAAUCAUCCAUAAGAGUCGUUACUGGGGAAGUUCACCAACAAGACACACUCAAAACAAGCAAAGAGCAUCGACACAAGCCAAUGAACAAACUUCACCAACGAAUCCUACAUUUUUUCUGCAACACUGAGAGGGAGCAGAAAGGUCAACGGCAACAAAAAAAAAAAAAAAAAAGGAAACUGAAAAAAAAAAUUUUUUUUUUGGUUUGCCAACAAGCAAAGGGUUUCGACUCAAACUAGUAAACAAACUUCACUUAUGAUCACCAAUCAAUCAUCACCACCAGAAAUCAUCAUGAUUCACAGUUUGUGACACAAGGGGGCAGGAAGUUCAAUUACAAAACACAUCCAAAAUCGACCUGCAACAUCUGGGCUGAGUUUGGGAAUUUUUUUUUGUUAGACGGAACAAAGGUAUGCAGAGGACAGACUGAUCAAAAUCAGACAAGCGGAUAAAAAACUGUUAUUGUUUCAGCCCUCCCAGCCUCAAUUCCAUGCAACGAGAACUGUACAAAACGUUUAAGUUCAAGAUACGAAUAUUUUAAUUCACCUUUUGUUGAAACAAACUCCAAACAAACCUUUCGAAGGAUUUCUAAACAGAUAUACUUAUAUUAGGUAUAUCAAUUGCAACUGAUAUAUCUCUCUUUUAUGCUUUUAUAUGAUAAACAUUUAUAGCUGUGUUUAACUGCCUGCCUUAGAGACAACCAUUAAAAAAUGGCUGGUCCUCAAAAAAUAAAUAAGAAACAGCAAGUACACGGCACGAAUGGCUGUAGAGCAGUUUUCGUAUGACUGUGAAAAGCUCAUGGCAAGAACACGGUCGUGACACGGCAAGGCGUAUACCAGUCCAAUCACUCGAGUCAGUCAAUCGAGAAUUUAUUCUCCAUUCCAAUCGAAUACCCGGAACACGGCAUCAACACGACGGGGACACGGUCACGAAAUUCGUCACGAAAGGUCACGGCACUGUCAGAACAAUCACAUUGCGCGAGAAAAAAAUCAGCCAAUUAAAAUUCUAGAAAACAUCACGGUCCAGGCACGGCACGCUUACGACACUGGGCUUUUCACAGUCAUGCGAAAACUGCUCUAACAUCGAAAUGGCUUCCCAUUGUCUUCCAGUAAUUCAUCCAAUCACAACGCGUAGUUAGAGAUACGGUAACAUACCGUAGGGAAAACCACUUUAUUGCAUACACUCUAAAUCAUAGCAUCUAUACCAAGUCUUCUGUGCAUAGAAACUGAUCGUGAAAACAUUUUUAAAAUUGUACAAAAUAAGCCCACGAAACAGACGACACUUCUAUAUGACAUUAUUAUUUUACAAGUUUACUCCGCAGAAAUUACCUCAACGACUUUAUAAGUGGACGCCGUCUCGUCAAUUAAGAAAGCUUAUGAGAUAACCCCACAUACAUGGCGCCCCAAAUCCUUGAGCAGACCAAUAAAUAUCAAAAAACCCACUUUCAGGGUAAUUAACUAUUAGGGAUUACUUAAGAUUUGUAGUUUAUCGCUGUAAUUAGCCGCGGUGGAUGUCAGCUGGGGGCUGAGCCUUGUCUAAACUGACGCAGACCCUGGAGGAAUAUUUUCUUGGUUUGUUCCAUCAUGUCUUGGUAGUAUUUGAGAUCUUCUUCUUUUGCUUUCAGAGUGGAAUUUAAAGCUUCUUUGAGAUCAUCGUUUUCGUCCUUUUGAAUCUCAAGCCUGUGAAUGAAACCAAAUUUUGAAUUUUACGACUACUGUGUAUUUACAGAGCGACGCGCAUAACCAUGGCCAGCAACCCAUCUUAUUUUUUUCAAUAAAUGCAAUUAAAUCCUUUC